CACUACUGAUACACUUACAACUCUGCAGCCUCAAACUCUCAAGGUAAAAAUCCGCUUCGCUUCUCUUCUGCUCAACUGUACCGCCGCUUUUUGUGCAAAUAUCUCGUAAAUUACGACAGUAAAUAUACCGAAAAAGCGAGCAGAGCAGAAUGUCGAGCGUGCCAAAGCGAGCCAAAUUGGACGGCGCCCCCGCCGAUGGCAACACAUCCGCCGGCAACAACGAGGAGGAGUCGGAGGCGCUGGAGCAGAUCGAUGCUUGCCAAAACGAGAUUGACGUGCUGAACGAAAAGGCCAGCGAGGAGAUCCUCAAGGUGGAGCAAAAGUACAACAAGCUGCGGAAGCCGUGCUACGAGAAGCGCAGCGAGCUGGUGAAGCGGAUCCCCAACUUCUGGGUGACCUCGUUCAUCAACCACCCGCAAGUGUCCGGCAUUCUGGACGAGGAGGAGGAGGAAUGCCUGCACGCACUCAACAAACUGGAGGUGGAAGAGUUCGAAGACAUUAAAUCGGGGUACCGCAUCAACUUCCACUUCGACGAGAAUCCUUACUUCGAGAACAAGGUGCUCACCAAAGAGUUCCACUUAAAUUCAGCGGCGGCUACUGAAAACGGCGAAUGGCCCGCGUCUACCAGCACGCCCAUCAAGUGGAAGGAGGGCAAGAACCUGCUUAAACAGCUGCUCACGAAGCCCUAUGGCAACAAGAAGAAGCGCAACUCAGAGUACAAGACUUUCUUCGACUGGUUCUCGGAUAACACUGAUCCCGUCAACGACGAGAUUGCAGAACUGAUAAAGGACGACCUUUGGCCCAAUCCACUGCAGUAUUAUCUGGUACCUGAUAUCGAAGUGGAGCCAGAGGACGAGGAGGACAACGAAGAAAACGAAGAGGAGGCGUUCGACGACGAGGAUGGUGAGGACGGCGAGGGUGACGAAGAUGACGAUGAUGAAGAUGACAAGUAAACUGGAACAAGCGAUCAUGUAAUUUAAUUUUGUUUCCAACUGAAGGCCCUAAGUGUUUUCAACCACUUGCAACUAUAAUUUCCCGUGUGGUAAUAUUCGCAACCAUUUCAGACAUAUUUAGGUUUUAAUUUAAGUAAAAAAAAGUCAUACAUACGUAUUUCCAUUGAAGAGCAACAGAAAAAUGAGAAUCAACAUUAAACCAAUUUUUAAAACAACAAAAAUAAAAAAGACGUGAAUCGAAUCUCA